CACACAGUCAUUCCAGUCAUUUAGAAAUUGCUAGGCGAUUUUUGUGCUGCGGCUGGAAUACAAUUAAUGCAGCAGAGAUUCAACAAUCUGAUAUUGAAAAUGAAUAUCUAGUUUCUAGUGAGAAAAAGAAUACUGAUUUAUCUUAUAUAGUUAAUGUUGAAAUAUGGACAUGUACUUGUUUUGUUGGAUUAUCUGGAGCACCAU